AAGUUGAGUGAGAGACUCGUUAAAUGCUUACCCAAAUAAGAAAAUAAAAUAUUUACAUUUAUAUUUAUAUUAAAAUCUAAAUUUUAAAACAAAAUUCAAUUACCGAAUUAAAUAGCUCUCCUCCUUCCUCCUUUUUCUGCUGCCAGCCUCCUCUUCUCGAUAGUUUUUGCAGAUUCUCUAGAAUCUUACUUCCUAACGAAGCCCCGGAAAAUCACAUUUCUAUAUUUUCAUGUUUGCGAAUUAACCAUGGAGUUUAUAUUGGCAAAUUCAGAGUGACUCCCUAACCACACAAACAAAAACGAACUCGCUUUUGCAAGGGAGUUACUGUAUUUCAAUGGCACAAGAUACGAACGGUGCUGACUUGCAUCAGAAGAAGCCAGUUCUACUAAAAGAUCAGGUUCGUUUGGUCAAGAGAAAGGACUCUGAUCGAUAUGAGGUUGUUCCAAUCCAAGAUCCUUUAUCAUUUGAAAAGGGUUUCUUCGUAGUCAUCCGUGCAUGCCAAUUGUUAGCUCAGAAGAAUGAUGGAAUAAUACUGAUAGGCUUGGCAGGCCCUUCCGGUGCUGGGAAGACCGUAUUUUCUGAAAAGAUACUCAAUUUCAUGCCCAGUAUAGGUUUAAUUUCAAUGGACAACUACAAUGAUUCUAGUCGAAUUGUGGAUGGCAAUUUUGACGACCCACGCUUGACAGACUAUGAUACGUUACUGAACAACCUGCGUGAUAUAAAGUCUGGAAAGCAGGCCGAGAUUCCUAUAUACGAUUUCAAGUCCAGCUCUCGCAUAGGAUACAGGACACUUGAAGUUCCAAGUUCUCGAAUUGUCAUUAUUGAGGGCAUCUAUGCCUUGAGUGAAAAGUUGCGACCUCUUUUGGAUCUUCGAGUAUCUGUUACAGGAGGAGUCCAUUUUGAUCUUGUCAAACGGGUUUUACGGGAUAUACAGCGUGCUGGACAAGAACCAGAAGAGAUAAUCCAUCAAAUAUCUGAAACAGUAUACCCAAUGUAUAAAGCCUUCAUAGAGCCAGAUCUCAAGACAGCACAGAUAAAAAUAAUCAACAAAUUUAAUCCUUUCACUGGUUUUCAGAGUCCCACUUAUAUCCUAAAGUCGGCACGAAAUGUGUCAGUGGAUCAAAUCAAGGCUGUUUUCUGUGAAGAACAUUCCGAAACAGAUGAGCAGACUUAUGAUAUUUAUCUUCUUCCUCCUGGUGAAGAUCCAGAAUCAUGCCAAUCAUAUUUGAGGAUGCGGAAUAAAGAAGGGAAAUACAGUCUCAUGUUUGAGGAAUGGGUGACAGAUAAUCCUUUUGUCAUAUCGCCAAGAAUUACUUUUGAAGUCAGUGUGCGCCUUCUUGGGGGGCUAAUGGCUUUGGGAUACACUAUAGCAACCAUUCUUAAAAGAAACAGUCAUGUUUGCUCAGAUGAUAGGGUGUGUGUAAAAAUUGAUUGGCUUGAACAAUUGAAUCGGCAAUAUAUUCAGGUCCAAGGAAAAGACAGGUCAGUUGUACAACAUGUUGCAGAGCAGCUGGCUCUAGAAGGAUCAUACAUUCCACGAACUUAUAUUGAGCAGAUCCAACUAGAGAAGCUCGUAAAUGAAGUUAUGGCCUUGCCAGAUGAUUUGAAGACAAAGCUCAGUCUGGAUGAAGAUCUCGUGUCAAGCCCCAAAGAAGCACUUUCUCGAGCUUCUGCUAGGAGAGUUGCUUUGAGAAAUAAGAAUCUCAGAAGUGGUAUGUCACAUUCAUAUUCAACUGAAAGGGAUAAUAAUCUGUCAAAGCCUACUGGAUUUGCAUUGAAAAAUCGGAGAUUUGAUGAGAGUAAUCCGGAGUCUCAAACAAAUGUAGCAAACCAGGGAGCUAUCACUCAACUUUCUGAACAAAUUUCCUCACUAAAUGAUAGGAUGGAUGAGUUUACGACUCGGAUGGAAGAGCUAAAUUCAAAAUUAAGCUUCAAGAAAAAUUCUCCCAGUCAACAGAAUAUUGCCCUCCAAGCCGAAGCCUGCAAUGGCUCUGCUCCCACUUCUUACUUCAUCUCUGGUUUAGGCAAUGGUUCACUGACUGGAUCAAUCAUGCCUAACUCUUCCUCAUCAUCCCAGUUGGUUAAGGAAUCACCGUUGAUGGAGGAGAUAUCAGGAAUUGCGAGAGGACAACGUCAAAUCAUGCAUCAGUUGGACAACCUGAGCAAUUUUCUUCGCGAAAGCAUGGGACAGAAGUCUCGACAAGAAAGACAGGGCAGGAAAAGCAUAAUUUCUGAUGUUGAACCCAUUAAAGUUCCUCUGAUGAUAACACUGGCCAUAGGUGGUAUAAGCAUAGUCUUAUUCAGGGGCUUUUUAACCCGAAGUUGAUUCACCUUUCCUAAUGUUAUUUAGAAUUUUGGGGUCCCCCCAGUGCAAUGCAACCCUUCUGCUCGGGAGAGACAGUUGAAUUGAUGAACUGCUGAUUGCUUAGGAGGCAAAUAAGGGCUUUCAAAUUGAGUAUUUUGUUUAAGAAGGGUGCUUUGGCAAUUUUUUCUUCACUUCUGGGGACCUGCUUAGGCAUUUUCCAAUACAUUAUCAACCUUAAAUUUAAUAUGAAUAGUAUCUGUAGGUGGAAACUACAUUUAUGUUUUAGAAAAUGAUGCUAAAAACCAGUACUAUAUGCUUAAACUGUAUCUCUCAGUUAUCCCAA